GUCCACUAGAGGCAACCCAGUAGAAUGGACAAACCAAAACGCAAAUUCGCGCCAUUUCGCGCGAUAAUGGCUUGCGGGCGGGACUUCUGCCAGCAGACUUCCAUGCAUGGCUUUAUCCACAUAGCUGCUGCUAACCGGUGGUGGGGGGAGAGACUACUGUGGGCGUUCGCAACGGCUGUAGCCAUCUGGGGAGCCGUGGAGAUAUCUCUGGGGCAGUGGCAGAGAUAUAACGAGAACCCCACAGUCGUCGCACUGGAGAAGGACUUCAGAUCCUGGGAGUUCUGCAUGCCUGGUCUCACACUCUGUGCUAUGAACAGAGUGGACGAAAAGAAACUACCCUCAGUAAUUAAGAAGUACUGGAACGUGGACGCCGAAGACCCGAAGUACGCCCGCUACGAGCAUUUCGUGCGAGAUGUAGCCAAUUCCAGCAUGCUGCAUCUGAAGGAUCUCCUGCAGCAUGAGGGCGAAGACCUGGAGGUGGACCUGUACCAACUUGUUGUUGACGUACUUCCCGAGUACAAUAUAAAGCCUACCUGGUCCAUACCAAGUCUGCAGGUUCCCUGGUUCAACGUCAUGACCGAGGUUGGCGCAUGCUACGCCACUAACUCCCUGGCUAUCCCUGAUGAUGCUAUCGAGUCAUUCGGGAAGCCUGGCGUGAACCAGACCAGCCUGUUCCCCCUGACUUGCAAGUAUUCCGCCCUCAACUGCUACGUCACGAUUGAGGUGGCCGUGCCUAUUCUGUUAUACAUCCACUCCCCCUACGACAUUCUGAACCCGAAGGCCAGCCCGAUCGAAGGUCAGCCGCGGCAGGAGAGGGCCACAGAGUUCAGCGUCAUCGAGAGUGGCUGCGGACGCGGUGUGAGGGAACUAAACCCGAGACGACGCCGCUGUUUAUACACCGACGAGCCGCAAGCGAGAUUCCGACAGGCCAGUCCGAUCGAAGGUCAGCCGCGGCAGGAGAGGGCCACAGAGUGCAGCGUCAUCGAGAGUGGCUGCGGGCGCGGCGUGAGGGAACUGAACCCGAGACGACGCCGCUGUUUAUACACCGACGAGCCGCAAGCGAGGUUCCGACAGGUGUACAGCACUAAUAGCUGCCGGCGUUCGUGCCGAAACCAAGAGGCCCUGCGCGACUGCAACUGUAAACCCUUCUACAAUCACUACGAAGAUGGCGUUGCGUGUUCUCUGCGCGGCAUGCGUUGCCUCGCCCUGCGCUCGGCGCGCGAGGCAGAUCGCGCAACCUCCGAGGCAGCUCGCGUUAAGGCUACGAAACAAGCUGCGCGAACACAACCUGUCGUCACUAAAGGUGACAUAGAGGUAAUGCCGCCAGGGAAGGUCGUCGACGGCUGCAAAUGCCCUCUGAUGUGCGUCGACGCGCUCUUCGAGAUGCUCUCCUUGGUUACGAAGAAGCUGGAUGGACCCUUCAGCAUCAAUGGAGUCACCCGCGUCAAGGUUCAGGCUCCCCGGACUCGCUACACCAGAGAAAUCGUCUUCUACUUCCAGGAUCUUAUUGUGUCGUUCGGCGGAGCCACGGGCCUCUUCCUAGGAGCCAGCUUCAUCAGUUUCGUUGAGAUCGUGUUUUUCACGGCAGAAUGGCUCAUUGGGCCCGUCCGCCGUGAUCAGAGGGAACUUCCGGUGAAGAAGCCGAAGGCAUCUCAUGAGCAAGCCAGGAUCCAGCAUCUUAACGCCAUUUUGGAGGAUCAAAGCCUUCCAGCAACACCAAGCUACUGGCAUUCGCAUCUUCAUAUAUAAUUUAAAAUGCUGCCACCGAUGAAGAGCUGCUAGAUGCCCGGAGAACUAAACUGAGGACCGGGGUCAUAUCACUUUCUCUCUCACUCUUAUAUACCACAAUACAUACUUAAUCACUUAUAAAAUAGUACUUUUAUUGAUACAAGAAAAAAAACGGUAAAAUGAGUAACAUCAAAAAGAUUAAAAACUAAAUUUAAAAACUACCUAAAAUUAAAAACUACCUAAAAAUUAAAAACUAAGCUAAUCUAAAUUAAAAUAAAUCUAAAAAAGGCCCCCGCGGCAAAGAUGCUGGCAGCAUUCCCUCGCUGAAUGGCAAUACUAAUGCGAUCACUUGUUAUAUGUAGUUUACUGUUCGAUUUUACUUUAAGUUUGUUUUUAUUAACUAUAAUUUUUGUGCAAUUUUUUUUGUCGUUGCAAUAAAACAUUUGUUUUAUCAUAUUCCUAUUCUGCGGUUAACUUCCUAUCUAUUUGGGUUAUUCGCAGACGGUCUAGAACGCAAAAUGACUAGUGUAAUAUUUUGCCUAUAUCACUUUUAGUCUACAUCGCGAACGGUCUUGAACGCAAAAUGUCUACAUUCUUUUUCGUCGUUUUACGAGUAUCUUUGGGCGUUUUCAGAAAUAUAUAUUGAAAACCUGAUUCUUUCACAUCUGGACGUUCUUGGGCUCAUUCUACUCAGAAUCGAUAGCAUUCUCCAUCCCACCAUUAAAAAAAAAGAUGUCCCAAAAUGUCCAUUCCAUUCGGUACGUACGUCACGUUUUAGUAUGAAAAAAAUUUUCACUUGUGUGUGCGUGACGUAGUGGAAUGUACAAUUUUCAUACAAAUUUUUGGGACAUUUUAUUUUAUCAUUAGAAUUGAAUAUGCUAAUGAUUCUGAGUUGAAAGAACCCAAAAACACCGGGAUCUGUGAGAAUCGAGUUUUCAUAUUUAUUUCUGAAAACGCCCCUUUACGUUAGCGAUGUCGACGGAGCCCCACUGUCGCGGGGCUCCUAUUCUGUGCUGUUUGGCCUUCGGCCAUUUGAAGAUAACUAACGAACCUAACCUACCCUAGUGAUAUAAAAAGUGGUCAUUUUGCGUUCUAGACCGUUCGAGAUGUACUAAAAGGGAUAUGGGCAAAAUAUUACACAAGUCAUUUUGCGUUCUAGACCGUCCGCGGCUAUGCCUAAUAUUUUAGUCUAAUCACAAUAAUAUUUAUCUACAAUAAAAUAAAACAAGGCAUGAUUCGGCCGCCAUAUUGAUUGACCGCUAGUCGUGCAGGUUGCACCGCCAUUAUACAUAUUCAAUUAUUCAUCCGUCACGCUAUCUGUGUUCUAUAUGAUUAUUGUCCAUAAUUUAUCAUUAAUAUUGUAGGUACAUUUGUACAGUCAGCUCAAAUAGUGACGGCCAAAGUGCCCUAACCAAAUAUAUCGAGACAUAUGCUUAUUUCUAUGGUUUGGCCACGUCUCCUUGAUGCAGACUGUACCUUCUCCCUGAGUCUUUUUCAGUGUAAAAAUACGAUAUGUAUGAUAAAAACUCUUCUUUGUCCUUCCUCAAACUAUCUCCAUACUGAAUUCCAUCCAGAUUAGUUAUGAGAUUUAAGCUUUGUAAAAGCGCUUGUGCGGAUGAGGCCUAAAUCGGUUCACACGACGUCUUUGCUCGCAUGUCAAACAGACACUUUGGAAUCCCUGCCGUGACUGCACGCGAUCCGGACUGUAAUUAGGUCACCUGCUAUUGAUCCUGAAUCCCUGGUAUGUGACAGAUAUGCAAGUUCCGGUAAUUUUGCAAAACUUUGAAAGCAGUAGAGACGGAUCACUAUAGUUCGUUUUUUUUAGCAUUAGAAAGAACUCCACAGAAGCAAGCGUGCAAUUUUUAUCAGGCUCUUUAAUUGUUAAUAAUUAUUUAAUUAUCUAAUGUAGCAUGGUCAAUACAUAUAAUUUACUUCAAAUUAUUACCGCUAAAAGUGCCGGAUUUGGAACCACAAGCUUACUUCUGCGAAGUUCUUUCUAAUGCUAAAAAAAAUCGAACUAUAACACCGGACGGACCAUUAUUUGUAUUCUGAAUAAGAAGUAGUGUUCUUAGUUGACUACGGAACUCUAAAAGCGACUAAAAUCUAAAAAAAAAUUACAAAUUUUUUGCUGGUAGUUAAAUAUCGUUCUAACUUUGCAUCCCGACUGCCGUCACGCGAUCCAGCCUACAAUUAGGUCACCUGCUAUUGAUCCCGGUUCCCUAGUACAUGACGGGUCUAUUACACCCAUCGUGACCCAUCGUCAGGUUAAUAAUAGAGCAAGGGACAAUUAUUUUACAAUGAGCUGACAUUUAUCAUGAGACUGUGUAGGUUUUUAUGACAUUUUAAUGGCUGUUCAAUAUUAAAACACAAGCAGAUGGAUAUUUUAUGAUCAGAGGUCGAUCAGGCAGAGUUAUUUAUAAAUUUAAAUUUAAAUUUAAGACCAACAAAGGACCAAUUUCUUUAGUGACACAUAGUAAUUUAUGCCUGAGUUUUUUUCUCACAAUACUUAAGUUAUCAAUUAUCAUACAUAAAAAAGUGGAAUGAUGUUUUCUCCCUGCGGUUAGCUUUGAAAAGCUUAUCAACUUAUUCUAAACUGUAGAACUUUUGAAAAGUGUGAAACUGUUCAAAAUCUUGCUUUUUCGAAUAUUUCAAAGCUCUUGCUUAAGGAUGACUCACGCUAAACCGGGACGGGGCCGGGCCGGAGCUUCCGCGCUUAGUUUUCUAUGGAAACUACCACGUGAUUACAAAUCAGCCGUCAUAGAAAAUGACAAGUAGGACGCCUCGGCCCGGUAUAGCGUGACUACUCCUUAAUUCGACCGAUAGAGAGGCAAAAACAAAUUUCGAUAUUCGUUUUUAGGGUUCCGUACGUACCCAAAUGGUAAAACGGGAUCCUAUUACUAAGACUCCGCUGUCCGUCCGUCCGUCCGUCCAUCUGUCACCGGGCUGUAUCUAACGAACCGUGAUAGCUAGAUAGUUGAAAUUUUCACAGAUGAUGUAUUUCUUGCCGCUAUAAUGACAAAUACUAAAAACAGAAUAAAAUGAGAAUUUAAGUGGGGCUCCCACACAAACAACGUGAUUUUUGACCGAAGUUAAGCAACGUCGGGCGGGGUCAGUAUUUGGAUGGGUGACCCUUUUUUGCCGUUUUUUUUGCAUUAUGGCAUGGAACCCUUCGUGCGCGAGUCUGAUUCGCACUUGCCCGGUUUUUCGCGGUAGGCCCUCUGUACUCGCUCGCAAAAGGGGCUUUUACUAAAUUAUUUACAUGUACUCACACUGACCCAAAUCACUAUGCACACAGCCUAUGAUUGCAAGACUUGCGUGUUCAGUUCACUCCCUCGUUGGCUCGUUCGGGAGCCAUUAAAGUUUCACGCUGAGCAAAUAGUUGCUGCCGGGUUAUUCCUGUAAGGCCCCAUUCGCACGACAGCUUUUUCAACGCGCGUUAAAAAAGCGUUUGAAUGACACAAAUGGAUAACCAUGUAUGUAUUCACACGACAGCGGUGGCGCUUUUUUCAAGCGUUGUUGUUUUAAGCCUUGGUCAUUAAAUCGAAUUUAGAGUGCGGCAAGGCUCGGAACCGGUUUUUUUGAAAAACCCGAAAUAGGUCAAUAUUUUUAAUUAUUUUAUGCUUUUUACGUAGGACUGAAUCAUGUAUUUAGGUAACAAUUUAGUAUUAUUAGAUUGUCCCAUUAAAAAUGAAAUAAUAAACCAAAGAACGAAAAAGAACAAAAUAAUACCGGUAUUUUUUGUAUGAAGAAAAAUCCGGUUCCGAGCCUUGUGUGGACGAUUCAAGCGCUUUUUUAACGCGCGUUGAAAAAGCUGUCGUGCGAAUGGGGGCUUAUUCUAGCCUUAACCACAGAAUAAGUAAUAGUACCUAGUAACCCUACCUACCGUACCGGAUGAAAGAAAAGCCUGAUGGCGUUGACUCGUUGGGUGGAAGACAUUCGGAAAAUCCCGGGGCACUUUUGGAUGAGACUAGCCCAGAACCGGGAUAAGUGGCGUACAUGAAGACAGGCCUAUGCUUAGCAGUGAUGACUGAAGGCUAGAAUGAUGAUGAUGAUGAGGUCCUACCGUACAGAAAAUAAACUUCCUACAAAACCGAAGUUUGACAGCCAUUCAGGGACGAAUAAUUUUCUAAUGUAUGGCACUAUCCCUUUCGGCUGUUUAGGGUUGUCAAAAUUCAAGUCAUUAUCUUAUCUGUGGUCGUGCACGCAAAGGGACGUCAAGUUGUGCCAACCCUAAUAAUUGCUCGGAGCAAUGCUGAGCCGAACGGAGCCGAGAAUGCACGAAAGGAACAGUUUCGCCCCGCUGCUUUAACAAC